AUUAACUUGGCUAUUAAAAGAAAUUCAUAAAACUGUCUAGAACCACGGCACUUAAAAAAUUGAAAAAUCGUAUGCAUAAGAUUAAUUACCUAAAUAGGACUACAAAGGGAAUACUUGACACAUUUAGACGAGAGAAUUCGUAAAUUGGAUCUUCUAAUAAGUUUUAGGUAUAUUGAUGAUGCAAGAUAAAUUAAUGAUUAUACAUAUUAUUCGCUUGCGAUCGUUUUAAAAAGUUGCCUAUUUAGGCUGCAAAAGGGAAUUUCUGAGACAGAAAAAAAAGUAACUAGUGAUACCAAUAAACAACUAAUAGUGAUGAGCUAACAUCGGAACAAACUUUAAAAUGAUGUAUUAGAACAAGUUCUUCAACUCAUGAAAUAUAAAUAUGAUGAUAAAUCCUGGUUUUCAGAAGUGUUUUAGAAUGAUAUAGAUACAUUAUUAGAAGUCAUAUCAAGUCACUACUAUACUACUACUAUUACAAUGAAAUUUUCAUCAUUCACUCUUUCAACCCUUAUCACUAUUGCCCUUGCUUUAGGUGCUCCAGUUCCAGCUGAUGAAGAUGAUGCUUCUUUACCAGAUGUUGUUAUUCCAAAUGAAGCUAUCAACGCUGCUUCUCCAAUCGGCUCCGAUCAAUAUCCAGCUAUUGCUGAACUUGACGGUCAAACUUAUCUUGUUGUUGUCAAUGCUACUGAAUUCCCUGAAGUUGCUAAAAGAGAUGCUGGAUGGCAAUUAACCUCAAAAGGUGCUUUUGAACCAUUUAAAAGAGAUGCUAAUGCUGAUGCUGAUGCCGCUUGGCACUUAGCUUCUAAAGGUGCUUUCGAACCAUUUAAGAGAGGUGCUGAAGCUGGUUUUAGAUUAACUUCUAAGGGUGUCUUUGAACCAUUCAAGAGAGAUGCUAAUGCUGAAGCUGAAGCUGGAUGGCACUUAACCUCAAAAGGUGUCUUUGAGCCAUUCAAAAAGAGAGAUGCUAAUGCUGAUGCUGAUGCCGAAGCUGGAUGGCACUUAACCUCAAAAGGUGUCUUUGAACCAUUCAAGAGAGAUGCUAAUGCUGAAGCUGAAGCUGGAUGGCACUUAACUUCCAAAGGUGUCUUUGAACCAUUCAAGAGAGAUGCUAAUGCUGAUGCUGAUGCUGAAGCCGGAUGGCACUUAACCUCAAAAGGUGUCUUUGAACCAUUCAAGAGAGAUGCUAAUGCUGAAGCUGAAGCUGGAUGGCACUUAACUUCCAAAGGUGUCUUUGAACCAUUCAAGAGAGAUGCUAAUGCUGAAGCUGAAGCUGGAUGGCACUUAACUUCCAAAGGUGUCUUUGAACCUUUCAAGAGAGAUGCUAAUGCUGAAGCUGAAGCUUAAAUCAGUUUCAAAUUAAGCCAUUUUAACUGAUCUUCUCUAUCUUAUCUUAUUUUAUUAGACACGAAUAUUUAUUAUAUUCACUCCUUUGUUUCCUUCUUUACUUCUUCUUAUCGUGUCUAUUUAUCUUUCUGUUUCCUCUUUUAUAUAUUUCCAAUAAA